AUGCCGACCCAGAUGAUCACGACUUCGCUCCAACCUCCACGCAACUUGGGCCCGCCCAGCUUUCCGAACCACUCAGCGAAUUCCAGACUACACUACUCAGAGAAUGGAUACGAGUUUGCGACGAACAGCACAAUCAUCUCUUCGAACCCGAAGCAAAGCUUCCUACCCGCGUACUGGAUGUUGGUACCAAAAGCCAACCCAACCUCCGCCUUCUUUGCACGGAGGCAUCCGCCUCUGCUCGCAGCAUGCAUAGAAUUUGAUGAGUUGCCAAAGACCUUCAAGGAUGCUAUCGAAGUCACUAGGGUGCUUGGGUUCCGUUACCUUUGGAUAGACUCGCUUUGCAUUAUCCAGGAUGAUCCAAGCGACUGGGAGAGGGAAGCCGUCUCCAUGGAGCAUGUAUUUAGCUCUGCCAACAUCACGAUUGCUGCCAGUUCGGCCAAAUCCUCAUCAGAAGGCUUCAUCUUCUCCAGAGGCAAGCAACCUUCGUCGCUUGCGAUCCAGACGCCAUCAGGUAGAACCAUCUUCAUCCGCAAAUCGAUAGAUAACUUCCGCCACGAUGUUGAGAAAUCUGUUCUCAAUCAAAGGGGCUGGGUUCUCCAAGAAAGAGCGCUCGCGCGGCGCACCAUUCACUUCACCUCAACUCAGGUCUAUUGGGAGUGCGGAUACGGAAUUCAUUGCGAGACUUUGACGAAGCUAGUAAACCCCAAAGCUGCAUUUCUUGGAGAUUCCAACUUCCCGAACUCUGCUCUUGCUUAUUUCAAGGGGGCAAGGAUACGUCUCUUCCAAAAUCUCUACCAGAUAUACUCGACGCUCGACUUCAGUCAUGUGUCCGAUCGACCUAUAGCAAUUCGUGGUCUGGAGGAAAGACUCCUGAAGACUUUCGAUACCAAAGGCGGAUUUGGAGUCUUCGAACGAUACCUGCACAGGAGUCUACUUUGGCAACGACAAGAAGAGUCAACUUUGGUUCCAAUCCCUGGUAUUAGGGAUAGGCACAUUCCUUCCUGGUCCUGGAUGUCGCGAAAUGGUCCGAUCUCCUUUUUGGACGCCCCGUUUGAUCGUAUAGACUGGCACGAGAAUAUCUUCACGCCUUUCCACAGUAAAAGCGGACGCAAAAAGCAUUGGAAAGCAGGCCGGGAUGACGACGUCGCUCAUGUGCUACAAGGCCGUUCACGUAAGCUGAGUAUAAAUGCGAAAGACCUGGAACAAAAGAUCAUCUUCGACCAAAAGGGUCAGACAGCACGAGCAGGUCUUAGAUGCAUUAUUCUAGGCACAGAGAAAGCGACAAGUUCAAUGAAGAAUGUCCAGCACUACGUUAUUAUCAUCGAGCCGAUUUCGUGUUCAGAGAGGGAACAGUACGUCAGAACUGGAGUGGGAAAAUUGCUUUCGAAUGACAUAUUGGAGGAUGAGGGAGUUGAAGUCAUUGUGUUUUAG